AUGGGCAGAGACUCUGCAUUAGCCGCCGUGGCCCUCGUCGUGGCCCUGCUCUCGCGGCAAAGCCUCGGCUUCCACAUCCCGGCGACUUCCUCUCGACGAUCGCUUCAACAACGCUCCCCUCAUUCCGCCGCAUCUCCUCCUCCAAACCAGCAACACCACCCGACGCUGCCGACGAGAAGCUUGCUGCGCUUCCCCCUGGCGGCAGAGGCCGACGAUGGUGGCGGCGGUGGGGGCUUCAGCUCUGCGGCGGCGGGGGGAGAGAAGCGGUCUCGCAAGGCCGCUAAGAAGGCGAAGGCGAGAGGCGGGGCUGGCCCCGCUGUGGAGCUCAAGAAGGCCGCCAACAAGCAGCCGCAGGAGGUGAGCAAGUCGGUCGUGGCGGAGGUGCUGGGCGCCCAGGCCGCGAAGGAGGGAGGGGCCACCGCGGACCAGGUGUCGGCCAGGAAAGAGAUCGAGAGGAUGGAAGCGGAGGAGCGCGAGCGUAUCGCCAAGCGCCAGGAGCGCAUCGACAGCGUCAUGCAGGCGAAAGCGGCAACGGAAGGGGAUCCGGAUGCCGGCAGCAUCCCGGAGAUCGUGUCCAACCGCAUGCUCUCGAGGAUGGUCCCGUUCUUUGUGCUUCCGGCGCUCGGCGGUGUCGGAGUGUUUGUGACUGUGUACGUGCUGUCUCACAAAUACGACUACACCAUCCCGGCGUACAUCGUGGCGUACGCUACACAGGCGCCGUUUUUCGUGGCGCUAGCGGGCAUCACGUACGCCAUCAUGUCGGCCAGCUGGGACGAGGAUAGAGAGGGGACUUUCUUCGGCUUUGACGAGGCGAAGCGCAACUUCGGCAACAUCGUGGAGGGCCUCAGGCGAUCGUCUGACAGGAUGGACGUUGAGGACAUGCUCGCUGACCAGGAGCGAAUGAGCAUGAACCGGCGCCAACGACGCCAGAUGCGGAAAGAGGACGGCGGAGACGAUGAGCCGGCGGCGUGAUGUGAUCCGUUCCUCUCUCCCGCCCGCUACCAGCGCUUGCACACACACGCCCAUCUACAUCGAUGUCGAGAAUUCGCUACUUCCGGGUUGGCAGUUUCGUUUACCUACAUAUUCCGCCAACCAAAAGGUGGGGUGCUUCUCUUCGCUAUUCCAUAGGGGAGAGGAUGGAGGCACGACGAGAAAGUGGCGCAAGAUGGGUCGGCAGAUUCGAGGCCCGGGGGAUUGCGGGGGCACGCGCAUUAAUAUUAGGCGGCUGCAGCAAGUCGGCCAGCCGUGUGCUGUGGCCGGGCACGCGCCAUUCAGGAGAGGGUGUGUGUGUGGGGGGGGGUGUAUUGUGCGUGAGCCCGGCAAGAGCCGGAAGCGCGCGGGCCCCGCUUCAUAAAAACGCUUCGGUCUAUCUUAGAUUAUGAGUCGCCGGAAAUAUAAGUAGCUGGUAGAGCUGUGGUGUUUGCCGAUCUGUUACACGGAGUGGGAGCCUGUUUGUUGGGUGUCCAAACAACACGCCAAUCCUGCUGAGUAGGUAUGCGUACAUUUCGACCAGGUUUUGGCGAGACACCGUACGUCGUUUCCUCUGGAAAGCUGAAUAACAGCCGUCUUCGUCUGAAGGCUCGGUGCCUUGUAUUUUCUUCCUUUGCUUUGGUCUUGCAUUGUUUACGUUGUUCGUAGAGACUCACCAUGUGUGUCGUAGAAAGUACGCAUGUGUGGAGCAGCGAGUAGGUGUUGCUUUAGCUUUGGCCUUGCGGAGACACCUUGCCUGCGAUAAAGAGUAAGCAUCCUUCCAAGAAUAAACUCCGCCGUACGGGCGUCGGAAGACCGUGCGUCGUGAUCGCCUUCUUCACGACUGUUUUGUGGUUGCGAGUGACCAACAAGAAACACUCGACGGAAAACACACACGCUUCCA